CAAAAAGAGGGUGAUUAACCUUCUCAAUGUUUACAUUUUUUCUUCAUUCUCAUUGCAUUCGCAUUUCAGUCUAGACAAUCUUAUUGUUGUGUUCAUUUGUGGUUUUUUUACAAUUUUUCUCAUCUAUUAAAAAAUAUUUCAUUACAAUUAAAGUUAAUUUAGCUUAAUUUUGACGCAAUUGAGAUGACAAACACAGUCAAAUCGGCUGAAAAUGAGUCAGAAAAUGACGUUUCAUCAUCGACAUCCGAGUCACGUAGUCAAUCGUCAUCGAAACAGCGUCGCUCAAAAAAGGCAAAACGAGGCCGUAAAGGCAAUCAAAAUCCUUACAAAUUUGUAACUUACCUCACCGAAACACCAAACACACAAAUUUUUGCAAUUGCAUUCAAUCAUUUUAUUCGCGAUCGUGACAUUUUCGCAUCGGCCAAUGGAAAUAAGAUCUCAAUUUAUGAAUGUGUUGAUGCGGAUGACGAGCGUCCAGUGCAGUUUUUAAGAGCUUAUAUAGAACCAGAUAAAGAUGAAGUUUUUAAUUGUGUUGUGUGGAGUUAUGAAAGACUGAAUGGAUCGAGUACCGCUGGACCAAUAUUAGCUGCCGGUGGUGUCAAAGGAAUGGUUAGAAUUGUGCAGUGUAAUAGAGAUAGUAUGGGAGGAUUUAAGAAUCUACUGGGACACACCGGUGCAAUCAACGACAUGAAAUUCCAUCCAAUUCAUCCACACCUCCUCAUAAGUGGCAGUAAAGACUACUCACUGCGUCUCUGGAACAUCCAAAAUUCAACAUGUAUCGCAAUCUUCAGUGGCAUUCGAGGACAUCGUGAUGAAGUUCUGUCUGUUGACAUGUCAGCCGAUGGACGAACAAUGAUCUCAGGAGGAAUUGAUCAUAAUAUUAUGGUAUGGAGUCUCGAGACUGAUGAGCUAAAAGAAAAAAUUGAUGCUUGCAGCUCUGUUGAUGGAUUUGGUCGAGGAAAGCGUCCAUUUGCAGCAAUUCGAGUGCAUUUUCCUGAAUUUUCAACAAGAGACGUCCACGGCAAUUAUGUCGAUACUGUAAAAUAUUUUGGAUCAAGCUUUCUCAGCAAAUCAUGUGAAAAUAACAUAAUCUGGUGGAAACGAAAGGAAACGCCAAAAGGCAUGCAAGUUUCAAAACUUUUUACAUUCGACAUAAUUGAUAGUGAAAUUUGGUUCAUGAGAAUGGAAUUGGACCUUCAGCUGACACAACUUGCAGUUGGCAGUCAAAAUGGAAAAGUUUUUAUCUUCAAUCUGGACACGGAAAAGCCAAUAAAUAAACGAAUUACAGUCACACAUCCAAAAUGUACAUCACCAGUGAGGCAAAUGUCAUUUUCAAGGAGCGGAAAUAUUCUAGUGUCAGCUUGUGAUGACGGGACUGUGUGGAGAUUCGAUAAGAAGUGAGGGGCAUCAUUUGGGGUAACAAGGGGUUCAAAAUUCAUAAAAUUUAUGACUUAAAAGUUUGCAGGGACUAGAAAAUUUUGGUUCAAAAUUUUGUUAAUUAAGUUUUUGAGUAUUAAUAAUUAGAGAAGACUUUGGAGGGAGGGUUUGAUGGACAACUAAGGAACAAUGGG